AUGCGUUCAGCCAGCAAAGCAAGUCUAACAGCAUCUAUCGGCCGUGUAGAGCCGUCAUCCAACCCGACCCCCGAAUCCCCCUCGAUCGUUCGAUGGAACUCACGUAUUCCAAAGGAGGAUCGAAUGGACCGUGAUUCGCUACGCAUCAAGGUCAAGCUGCUGCUUCUCGAAGAGUUUGGUGACGACUUCGAGCCGCGGCCGUUUCAGAUCAAUGCAAUCGCUGGUCUCCUCGAGCUCGACAGGAAGCGCGGAUGCACGAAUACGUUCGACGCAGUCUUCGUCGCCGCACCAACAGGGUCCGGCAAAAGUACGCUUUUCGAAGCAAUGAGUCUCGUGUUCGGUAAGCGAGCAAUUACAAUCAUCAUCAGUCCCUUAAAUGCAUUGAGUGAGCAUCAGGUAAGCAAGACUCCUGCCGGCCAAUGUGUCGGGCGUCUACUGACGGUCACGCUCGGAGCAUUCAACAGGCCGCAAAGCUAUUCAUGAGGGGCAAGAUGGCCGUUGUUGUGUCCAAGAAAACGUAAGCUUCAAGACCUUGUGACCUUGCAUUUUCUGCUUCAAGUUGGCUGAACACGGUCUAUUGUACGGCAUUGUUGACUUCGCAGUCUCCAGAAAUGCAUGCGCGCAACGUUCGUUGGAGUGAAUUGAUUUUCACUUCCUCAUUCCGAGAGCGGAUCAAAUUGCUGGUUUACGACGAGGCGAUCAAGAUCGCCGAGUGGGGACUCACGGGACGAAAAGACCGAGUCGGCGCUAUGGCGCAUACCACCGAGGGAUCCAACCCAUUUCGCACCGAGUAUGCUCAAAUUGUUCAACAACGUCUCCGAAUUGGUUGUCAAACUUUGUUCCUUACUGCGGGUGCGCCACCCGACAAAAUCGACAAAAUUCUAG